AGAUAGCGACCAAGUUGGUGAGGCCACGGUAAUUAACAUAAAACCACACAUAUAAUGUCUUACAUGCACUUGUUAUGCAAGGCACAUACUUGUUUCAGUUGGCGUCACAGUUGUCAGACAAUGUAAACUAUAAAUAUGUGAACAGUUUGAAGCAAGCGUGGCAAGCAGUCAUUAAGAGUGUUAGCUAGUUAGCUUAAAAAGUGCGUGUACUGUAUUUGAGCCACGCUGAAAACUUUCACUACCAUGAGCAAAAAGACAACUUCACCGGAGUCAGGCGAAAACGUGAACGUUUUGGGACAUGAAAGUGAUCAUUUGAACCUGCCACCUCCCCCAGAAGAGAAGCUGGAAGUUUCUAUCCACGACUCAAACAACAUUAAACAGCUUGUAAACGAGUUCAAGGGAUUCCACGUGCAGAGAUUGACAUGUCUCGAGCUGAACACCACUUUAAACAAAGAGGAACGGCAGCAGAAGAAAGUGAAUUUCCUGUGGUCUUAUGUGAAUGACCUCGUAGAGCAGAACCAGGUGCUGGUCGAGACCGUUGAGGAUCUGCAGAAGGAAACUGACAACAAGGUUUCCUGUCGGGGAAUGAAGCUCCACGCCUCAGAUCCCAUCCUGAACGUGUCUGAGGCUGAUCUGAGGACUUUGUUUCUGGAUGAGCUUGUUGGACCUGCGGCUAACAUCCCACACAGCUCUGUCUCCUUGGUUCAGAUCACAUCGGAGUUAGAAGACUUGAAAAUCCAGUUGCAAACCAAGGACAUGGUCAUCUGUGAUCUGGAGAGGACGCUCAGAGAGAAUUCCCAGCAGAAGCAAAAGACUGCAGCCCAGACACUGGAGAGCCGUGAGAGGCUGGAGCUCCUGCAGAGCGAGCUCUCAUGUCUGCAGAAGAUCCACAAAGACAACAUGAAGGAGAUCACAGAGAGAGGCGUCUGCAUCACCAAACUGCAGGCGGCCUCUGAGCUGCUGCGACUACAAGAGGGCGCUGACACACGCACUCAGCUCUCCAAGCUGGAUGAAAGAGCGAGGAAGCUUCAGGAGGAACUUGGGAGGAAAGAGGAGGAAUGGAGGCAGAGAGAAAACGAGCAGAGACUGAAAUAUGAAAAGGCCCAUGCUCAGGCUGUUGGACCGUGGGCCAAAAAGGCAGAUGUCCUGAAAUCUGAGUCGGCGGUCAGCAGGAAGCAGGUGGAGCGGCAGCAGAAGGAGCUGUCAGGGUCCCGUCAGAAGGAGGAGGCGCUUCUCUCUGAGGCCGAGGCCAAAAUGGAGUCUUUAAGGGGCGGGCUUGGCGCUUUAUUUGAGAGAAGGAUGGAGGAGAAAGAGGAAAUAAAUAACCACCUAACUGAAGAGCUGAAUACAGCAAGACUAAAGAUGAAGGAGAGAGAGGAGGAUGUGGUUGGACUGCGAGCCACACAGGACUCUCUGAAGGGAACCUUGGCUCUGAAGGAGAAACACACACAACAGCUGCUCCAUGACAACACACAGCUCAAAGAAAGCCUGUCUUCACUGCAGAGCAAAUUACAAACGACAAGUGAAACCCUGGAUCAAACCAGGAAGAGUCUGGACACGGAACAACAGCAGAUCCAAGAGCAGUUGCACCAUGCCAACAAAGCGAGGAAGCAUCUGCAGCAGGAGCUAACACAUGCACGUCACACGGCUGAAAAGAAGAUUCAGAAGAGGGAGAUGAAGACGUGCGCGCUGGCGAAGCAGCUCUCUGAAUGUCAGGAAGAGUUGCUCCAGAAAGAUAAGGCUUUAGAGGAACUGUGCAGGGAAGAGCUGAGAGCCAAGAUGGAGGACCGGAGCAGAGAGUGUGUCCACCUCCACCAGACCAAAGAGAGACUGGAGGCUGACUUGGCUCUGAGCCACGAGAAGAUCAACACCUCACACCUGGAGGUUCGAAGUAGAGAUCAGUUCAUUCUGCAGCUAAGAGCUGAAAUGAAGACAGCUGAACAGAAACAUCAGAGGGAACAGGAACAGGUGGCAGCGCUGGAGGGUGAGGUUAGACACUUGAAACACAAGGUCAGAGGACACCAUGAAGAGAAGUUCCAGUUAAUCGAAAAGGUCAGGGACAUCGAGCACCUCGUAGACCAAAAGGAGAAAGAACAGCAGCAGCGACAUGAACAGCUGCAUGAUGGUCAGCAACAGGUCGAGACAUUCGAAGGGAAGCUGAAGAAGCAGGAGGUUGAGACUGAACUUCUUCACGAGCAGCUGAAAGAUGCCAGUUUACAAGCCCAGGAGCAGAAAGAAACGGCAGCCAUUUUUAGACAAAAGUACACCGCAGCAAUGGAGAAGGUGCAUCGGGUGCAAGGGCAGGUGGAGCCUUUGGAAGAGGAACUACAGUAUUCACAGCACCAGCUAAGAGAUUCCAAAUUGGCAACUGAUUCAGUGAGAGAGGAGCUAGCCGAGAUGGCGCAGCGGUACCAGGAGAAGGUCAACCAAUGGGAGAACUCGCUGGAGGCUCUGGACCAGCUGACAGAUGAGCUCCAGGCCAAUCAGCAUCUACUGAGGGAGAGUCAACAAAAAGAGGACCAUCUAAAAGGCCUGAUUGGAUCCCUGCAGGAGCAAACAGAGGCACUCAAACAGCAGAAACUGAUGUUGGAGUGUGACCUAAAGCUUUUUCAACAGAGUCAUUCCCAUUCGGACGAGGAGUACGUUCACCAACUAAAACACCAUCAGCAGCUACAGAAGCGCUGCACGGAGCAGGUUGAGAGCCUUGCGCGGUGUGAAAAGGCUAUUCUUCAGAUGAAGUCAGAGCUGGAGAGACAAGCUCAGGAUAAAGUCUGUCUGAAGAGAAGUCUUCUCGCGUCCCACCAUACUCACGUGAUCGAUCGCAGCCAGCUGGAACAGGAAGCGAUUCAUCUGAAAAAUGAAGUGACACGCGUAGAGCUUGAGCUGGCUGACACCCAAAAGGUACAUGUGGCACUUCUCAGACAGUCAGAGGAGGAGCUGAAGGAGGCCAGACGAGAGGUGGAGGUUCAGAGAGAGGAGGCGCAGAGGCUUCGGGACGAGAUACUGAAGGAGGAGGAGAAGAGGAGGAGCGCCAUCGGAGAGAAACAGAGUCUAAGCGCUUGUGUCAGACAGUUGAGCCGAGAAAUGGAGGAGCUACGCAGCAAGCAGCAAGUGACAGAGGAGGCAGCCCGUGCAGAGGAGGCGAGGCGGAUGGAGGGGUGCCUGAAUGAGGGAAAGCUAGCAGAGGGGAAAAUAAGGUCUGUAGCUGUGAGGCUGGAGUCGGAGGUUUUGGAGCUCAGGAGGAAUCUUCAGGAGGCUGUCGAUCACAAACUGGAGGCAGAGCUCGAGAAGCAGGAAGCGCAAGAACAGGUAAAUAAAUACACACCUGAGUGA